GUUUAGGAUCUCAGAACAGACAGCAUUUACCAAACCUACGUGGCCAAAACCUGUGGCAGUGUUGCAGUAUCCUGACAUGUCUCUGAUAAAGACUGCUGGGUGGGAAACACCCCAGAAACACUCAUCACACUCCAGCCAUCCACUCUUGAUGACAGCAUGAUCAAGAAUGGAUAGCUGGGGAGGACGGGGAUCUUUUACAUGAAUUUGACCCCAUACAAACCUUCCAAUUAGUUCCCCAGCACCCUAUCCCUGAUGUGGCACUUUACACACACACACUACACACACCUGCUCACAUCUUGAUUAGCACUCAGGGUGCAUUCCAGGCUCCAUCAAUACACCGGGUUAGGGUUACAAGCCAUGUUCUCUAUACUCACCGUCUAGGGAUAUUAGCCUUUCUGAUGAGAUCGAGACAUUAUCUCACACACAUCCAGCAAGGACCUGUUGCUAGGUAGAAGAGUAAGGUACACAGGAGUUUACACACAGACACAAACCUCGGUAGAUUAAGAAGGAUUAAACACGCCGCUAUAAAGCAUACAGUCAUCUAAUACAUCAAACUAUAAAAUCCAUAUGAUGACUGAGAAUAAGUUACCAUUAAGAAGUCAUGUGAGCAACAAGCUGUGUUUGCGUGUUCUGCGUGCACUGUGGUGACGUUUGCCAAACUGACGCUCUGGUUUGUUUUCAAUAGAACACUUUGCUUUCAACACUGCUAACCGCUCUGGAUAAGAGCGUCUGUUAAAUGACUAAAUGCUAACCUUGAGGAGGCUGAUGCUGCUGCCACUUAUUAACACAUCAAAGCCCUGCGCACAACCUUUACCUAACGCAGAUGUGAACACUGGCCUCUCAUUGGCUAGCUUCCUCCUCUCCCUGCAUCUAUCUAUCUCUCUCCUCCCCCUGCAAAUCUCUAUCUCUCUCCUCCCUCUCCAGUUCCAUGCUUCCAUUCCUCUAAAUUCCGUCUACUUCUCCCUCAGUGUGUUAGGACUUCUCUCUCUCCUCUCUCUCUCCUCUCUCUCUCCUCUCUCUCUCCUCUCUCUCUCCUCUCUCUCUCCUCUCUCUUUAGAGGUGGCAGGAUAACUUGGAUUGACCCUCUAAAUGACCGGAGGAUUUCAAAGCAACUAACCCUAAUGAGGUAUCUGCUGGAGAGUGGUGCAGACCCCAACAUCCAGGACAAGACAGGGAAGACAGCCCUGAUGCACGCCUGCCUUGAGAGGGCGGGAGCAGAGGUGGUGACUCUGCUGCUGGGCAGCGGAGCUGACCCCAGCCUGGAGGACCACUCCGGCUCCUCAGCCCUUGUCCACGCCGUCAACGCCGGAGACAAGGAGGCGCUGCGGGUCCUGCUGGAGGCCUGCAAGGCCAAGGGCAAGGAGGUGAUCAUCAUCACCACCGACAAGCUCCCCUCCGGACGCCAGAUGACCAAGCAGUACCUCAACGUCCCCCCUCCCCCAGACCUGGAGGAGCGCCUGCACUACACGCCAGCCUCCUGCUGCAUGUCGCCCUCAGACAUCCAGCUCCGCACGCCUCCCCAAGGGGCAUCAGGCAGUGCCUCACCCCAGCCUGGCAGCCCUCUGCUGGGCCUCAGAGACCCGCAGGACUGCGGUCCCGCCAACUCCCAACCAGAGUCUCCGACCCGCGAGCCAAGUCCGCUGCGAGGUCAGGGCUUGGGCCGGCUGCUCCAUCUCCAGCGUCUGCACUUGGAGCCCUGGCUGAAGAGCCCCCCGUCCCUGCUACAGCACAGCCAGUCCUCCUCGCUGAUGGAGGGGCUGCAAGACAUCCCUCUGGAGGAGGGGCUGCUAGACAUCCCUCUGGAGGAAGGGCUCAGCAGCCUGGGCUUCCAGGGGCGCCCCCCCACCCGUCAGCACAGCAGCGACACCACAGGCCCGAAGCGAGGCCUGGAGCAGGCAGGCAGCGAGGCCGGUGGAGCCUGGGGGAGAAAAGGACUGGGCAGGAAGAUGUCUUACGACAGCGCCUCCGCACCUCACUGCUCCUCACACCCCAGCCUGGAGCCUCACUCUUCCUCACAUCCCAGCCUGGAGCCCAAGGACCCUGCCGCGCCGCUGGACAGAGACUCCUGCUUGCCUCACCUGGCGCUGUCCAGCCUGAGGAAUGUGGUCCGGCGCCGCAACUUUGGCAUGGACCACUACAGCUCUGACUCGCAGCUGCCCCAGUUUGGCAGCUACCCCCCGGAGGACAGCGCCAGGAUGUGUGGAGCCGGCGGGGGGCAAGAGAAGCGCAAGCUGGUGGGGAGCCGGUCCUCCACUCUGUCGGGCUCCAGGGAGUCCCUAGAGAGGAGGGGCCCUGGGGCACUGGAGCGCCGGGGAUCAGGGGCCCUGCUCCUGGAUCACAUCUCCCACACCCGCCCGGGGUACCUGCCCCCGCUCAACCCCCACGCACCCAUUCCCGACAUCGGGGCCAGCCCCACCGCCCCGGGGCCCCUGGGCGGGAGCAACAAGACGCUUAGCAGCGGGCCAAAGCCCCUGGUACCCUGCACCCCCCUGCUGCCCUGCGCCCCCCUGGUACCCUGCACCCCCCUGCUGCCCUGCGCCCCCCUGCUGCCCUGCGCCCCCCUGCUGCCCUGCGCCCCCCUGCUGCCCAAGGAGCUGAAGGCCAGGAGGACCCUGCUCAGGCGUCACUCCAUGCAGACCGAGCAGAUUCAACAGCUGGUCAACUUUGAGGAGGUCUUUGGGCACUAAACUCUGCUUGCUCUGCGUUGUGUUGCUGUGUACUUAAGGUGUGAUUUGAGAUAAUACCUUUCAUAAAGCUAGUUAUUUACCUCUGCUUUGCUGUCAACUACAGUCCGAAUAUUGAAGCCCAGGGUUGUCAAGUGUAUAAAUGUACUGUCUCAAAACGCUGUGGCGGGUAUACCUUCACACUCUCGUUCUGACCUGGAUGCCUGACCUCGCCCGGUGACCAGGAGGAUAUACUCGACAGGGCUGACUUCAGAGUCACGUUCUAAUAAAUGGUUUUAUUCUUUUAAAUUAUGUGCAAUCAUUUCAACUAUUUAUGCAUCUAUUGAUAUUCUGUUCAAUUUUAAAACAUGCCAUUGAAAUAUUAGUGGUUUUACAGUUGGAGAU